UGCCUUUGCCCUGACAAAGCCGCUCAAGAUGAACAUGGUGAAAAGGAUCAUGGGGCGGCCGCGGCAGGAGGAGUGCAGCCCGCAGGACAACGCUCUCGGCCUGAUGCACCUGCGACGCCUCUUCUCCGAGCUGUGCCACCCUCCUCGUCACAUGACCCAGAAGGAGCAGGAGGAGAAGCUCUACAUGAUGCUUCCUGUAUUUAACCGGGUGUUUGGAAACGCUCCGCCCAGCAGCAUGAUGGAAAAGUUCUCCGACCUGCUGCAGUUCACCACCCAGGUGUCCCGACUCAUGGUGACCGAGAUCAGACGCAGAGCCUCCAAUAAAUCCACAGAAGCGGCCAGUCGAGCCAUAGUCCAGUUCCUGGAGGUGAACCAGAGCGAGGAGGCGAGUCGUGGCUGGAUGCUUCUGACUACCAUUAACCUGCUGGCCUCCUCUGGACAGAAAACCGUGGACUGCAUGACAACCAUGUCCGUCCCCUCCACACUGGUCAAAUGCCUCUACCUGUUCUUUGACCUUCCCCAUAUGACCGACGCCCCUCCAGGCCCCACCCCUCCACCGCCACCACCCCCACCCAACCAGGAGAAGACUCCAGGCCAGGCCCACACUCAGCCAGAGCUGCCACUGGCGGACCGCCGGGCUCUGCUGCAGAAAGUCUUUGUCCAGAUCCUUGUGAAGCUCUGCACCUUUGUGUCUCCGGCGGAGGAGCUGGCCCAGAAGGACGACCUGCAGCUGCUGUUCAGUGCCAUCACCUCCUGGUGCCCGCCUCACAACCUGCCCUGGAGGAGGAGUGCAGGCGAGGUGCUAAGCACCAUCUCCCGACACGGACUCAGCGUCAAUGUGGUCAAAUACAUUCAUGAGAAGGAAUGUCUGUCCACAUGUGUCCAAAACAUGCAGCAGUCUGACGAUCUCUCCCCGCUGGAGAUCGUUGAGAUGUUUGCCGGCCUGUCAUGCUUCCUCAAAGACUCCAGCGACGUAUCGCAGACGUUGUUGGAUGAUUUCAGAAUGUGCCAGGGCUACGCCUUCCUCUGCGAUCUCAUGCUCAGACUAGAACAGGCUAAAGAGGAUGAAUCUAAAGAUGCACUAAAGGACCUGGUGAACUUGGUCACUUGUCUGUGUACGUACGGUGUGACGGAGCUGAAACCUGCGGGCCUCACAACCGGAGCCCCUUUCCUGCUGCCAGGAUUCAUUCUGCCUCAGCCGUCUGGGAAAGGUCACACAGUUCGAAAUAUCCAGGCCUUUUCCGUGCUCCAGAACGCCUUCCUCAGGGCCAAAACAAGCCGUCUGGCCUGCAUGUUACUGGACGCCAUCGGGAACAUUUAUGCGGCCGAGCCGGCCAACUACUUCAUCCUGGAGUCCCAGCACACCCUGUCACAGUUCGCGGAGCGUGUGGCCAAGCUCCCAGAGGCACAGGCCAAGUACUUUGAACUCCUGGAGUUUGUUGUCUUCAGCCUGAACUACGUGCCGUGUAAGGAGCUCUUCAGCGUUUGCGUGCUGCUGAAAUCGAGCACGUCGCUCCCCUGCAGCAUCACCGCCGUGAGAACGCUGCUGAAGCUGGCCAGGCAUGACCCUGUGUUCAGCGACGUGCUGCGGGAGGUCGGCCUGCUGGAGGUAAUGGUCAACCUGCUGCACAAGUACGCUGCCUUGCUCAAGGACCCAGCUUCUCAACACCAGCCGCAAAACAAUGACCUAGCUGAUAGUAAAAACCACCCCAUAGCGGAGGAGCAGAAGCAGUUGGCCUGGCUGGUGAUGGAAACUCUGACUGUGCUCCUGCAGGGCUCCAACACCACCAACACUAAUGCAGCGCUGUUCAGAGAGUUCGGUGGCGCCCGCUGCGUCCACAACAUCGUGAAGUACCGUCAAUGUCGGGAACACGCCUUGCUCAUCAUCCAGCAGCUGGUGUUGUCCCCCAGUGGUGAUGAUGACAUGGGAACGCUGCUAGGCCUCAUGCACUCGGCGCCACCCAGCGAGCUGCAGCUGAAGACCGAUAUCCUGAGGGCUUUGUUGGCCGUGUUGCGUGAGAGUCACCGCACUCGGACGGUGUUCCGCAAAGUGGGCGGCUUCGUCUACGUCACCUCCCUCCUGGUGGCCAUGGAGCGCUCGCUCUGCCAGCCUCCUCGUCACGGCUGGGAACGGGUCAACCAGAACCAAGUCUUCGAGCUCCUGCUCACGGUUUUCUGCACGCUCACGGCGGCCAUGCGCUACGAGCCGGCCAACUCUAACUUCUUCCGCACGGAGAUCCAGUACGAGAAGCUGGCCGAUGCUGUGAGGCUGCUGGGUUGCUUUUCUGACACGAAGAAGCUGGGCCCCACAGGAGUGUUCCCCUCCAACGCUCAGCCAUUCCAGAGGCUGCUGGAGGACGAGGCUUCCUCAGGGAGCUGCUCCGGAGACAGCGUCUGUCCAACACUGAAACACUGCAGCAAGCUCUUCAUAUACCUAUACAAGAUGGCCACCGACUCUUUCGACAGUCGUGCAGAGCAGGUGCCUCCCUGCCUGACUCAUGAAACCUCGCUGCCCUCCCCGUGGGGCACGCCUGCGCUCGCCAGAAAGAGGCAUGGUUACUAUGGCACAUCGGGCCCCUCUGCCCCAGUCAAAGCCCUGACGGACCUCAAACUCCACUUGGUGAACCCUUCCCACCCUGCUUCUUUCCCAUCCUCAUCCGAUUUGGUAGUCAUCCACCCAGGGGCCGUUUUAGCCAUGUUGGAUCUCCUCCCCUCUGUCUCCUCUGAGAGUCAGCCGGAGCAUGCCCUCGACCUCCAGCUCGCUGUUGCCAACAUCCUCCAGCUCCUGGUGAACAGCGAGAGGAACCAGCAGGUGUUGUGUGAAGCCUGCCUCCACCAGCGGCUGCUGCAGCGUUGUAGUCAGGCCCUCGGGGAUGAAGACCACCCGCUGCACCCUCCACUGCAGAGGAUGUUCGAGAGGCUGGCUUCGCAGGCCCUGCAGCCGAUCGCACUCAGGGAAUUUUUACGUCUCGGAAACCCUCUGAACUGCGGUGCCUGGGACAAGAAGCUCCUGAAGCAGUACCGGGUCCACAAACCAAGCUCCCUUGGCUAUGAUGCGGAAAUGAGAAACAGCAUGACUCUGUCCAUGGAGGGCUUCGGCCCCGACAGCGUCUUCACCACACCGGCGGAGGACAACGGUCAGUACCGCAUCAGCCGUAGCCUGGUGCGCUCCGCCGAGGACAGCACCGUGCCCCUCACCCGAGUCAAGUGCCUGGUUUCCAUGACUACGCCCCACGACAUCCGGCUGCAUGGAUCAGCCGUCACUCCAGCGUUUGUGGAGUUCGACAGCUCGCUGGAAGGCUUUGGGUGCCUGUUUUUGCCCAGCCUGGCGCCCCAUAACGCUCCCACCAACAACACCAACGCUUCCGGGGUCAGCGACGGAGCAGUGCUUAGUGGGAUGGGAACAGGUGAGCGCCCGUUUCCUCCUCCCUCUGGUCUCAGCUUCUCCACCUGGUUCUGCGUGGAGCGAUUCAGCGCGGCCCCUCAGGCCCACCCGGUGCGUCUGCUGACCCUCGUCCGACGGGCCACCUCCUCAGAGCAACACUACGUCUGCCUGGCCGUGGUUCUCUCCGCCAAAGACCGCUCACUCACCGUCUCCACCAAGGAGGAGCUGCUGCAGACAUACACGGAUGAGUCAAGUGAAGAAGCCUCCUUCUACGAGAUCCUGCCAUGCUGCGCCCGUUUCCGCUGUGGAGAGCUGAUCGCCGAGGGCCAGUGGCAUCACCUGGUGCUCGUCAUGAGCAAAGGCAUGCUGAAAAACAGCAUGGCAACGCUGUACCUGGACGGCCAGCUCGUCAGCACUGUCAAGCUCCACUACAUCCACAGCACUCCGGGUGGCUCAGGCUCCACCAACCCUCCCGUUGUGAGCACCGUUUACGGGUACAUCGGCACGCCGCCCGCUCAACGCCAACUUUCCAAUCUGGUGUGGCGCCUGGGUCCCAGCCACUUCCUGGAGGAGGUUUUACCAGCCACCAGCAUUGCUGCCGUCUUUGAACUGGGACCUGACUACGUCGGCAGUUUUCAGGCUGUCUACCUGCCCUGUAAAGAUACAAAGGCGGAGGUGUCCCCUGCUACUCCGGUGGCUCUGGUCCCAGAGGAGAAAGUGUCGUUCAGCCUCUAUGCGCUCUCUGUCUCUACGCUAACUGUGGCUAAAAUCAGAAAAGUCUACAAUAAACUUGACAGCAAAGCCAUCGCCAAACAGCUUGCGGUGUCCUCUCAUGAAAACGCCACUCCUGUAAAGCUGAUUCAUAAUGCUGCAGGCCAUCUCAAUGGGCCGGCACGUACCAUCGGAGCUGCCGUCAUUGGAUAUUUAGGUGUCCGUACCUUCGUUCCCAAACCCGUCGCCACUAAUCUGCAGUAUGUUGGUGGAGCCGCAGCCAUUCUGGGCCUGGUUGCCAUGGCGUCAGAUGUGGAGGGGCUCUAUGCGGCAGUUAAAGCUUUAGUUUGUGUUGUGAAAAGCAACCCUCUGGCAAGUAAGGAGAUGGAGCGCAUCAAUGGCUACCAGCUGCUGGCUAUGCUGCUUAAGAAGAAACGCUCACUACUCAACAGCCACAUCCUCCAUCUCACCUUCUCCCUAGUGGGAACAGUCGACAGCGGCCACGAAACCUCAAUCAUUCCCAACUCCACAGCUUUCCAGGACUUACUUUGUGACUUUGAGGUUUGGCUUCACGCUCCAUAUGAGCUCCAUCUGUCUCUCUUUGAACAUUUCAAUGAACUGCUGACAGAAUCCAGUGAAGCAGCCAAAAACGCUAAACUCCUUCGGGAGUUUCAGCUGAUCCCCAGGUUGCUGCUGACGCUGCGGGACACCUCUCUGUCGCAGUCCACAGUGGCCGCCAUCAGCAACGUCCUCAGCCUGUUGCUACAGGGCUUCCCAAACCCUUACGACCUGCUGCGGUUUGGUCAGUUCAUCUCCUCGACUCUUCCCACUUUUGCUGUGUGCGAGAAGUUUGUCGUCAUGGAAAUCAACAACGAGGAGAAGAUUGAUGGAGGUAAUGAUGACGAUUUCAGCGGCCUACUGUCAGCCAGCCUGAUCUUGCUGAGAAAUCGACUUCUGGAUAACCUCCUUAAGCUGCUCUUCACCACCAAAGAGAAGUGCACAGUUAAUGUCCAGGCGUGUGAGGAGCUUGUGCGAACCCUCGGCUUUGAUUGGCUGCUGAUGUUCAUGGAGGAACAUCUCCACUCCACCACGGUGACGGUGGCGCUCCGGAUCCUGGUGGUCCUGCUGUCAAACCAGCCCAUCCUGAACCGCUUCAGAGAGGGCCUGAGUGGAGGCGGAUGGCUGGACCACACCGACUCCGUCCUGACCAAUAAGAUCGGCACAGUUCUGGGCUUUAACGUGGGUCGCAGUGCCGGGGGUCGUUCCACGGUGCGAGAAAUCAACAGGGACGCCUGCCAUUUUCCAGGAUUCCCUGUUCUGCAGACUCUGCUACCCAAACACACCAAUGUUCCUGAGCUCUACUUCCUGCUUAUGGCCCUCUUCCUGCAGCAGCCUGUCACUGAGCUGCCAGACACCCUGCAGGUACAUUUUGACCUGGAUUCCAUCUGGACGUUUAUCUUUGGGAUGCCGGCCUCCAGUGGGGCGGUGGUGGGCUCCAUCCACAGCGUGUGUACUGAGGCGGCCUUCCUGCUGCUGGCCAUGCUGCGCAGCAUGCUCAAUCUGCCGUGGCAGUCUGAGGAGGAAGGUUCUUGGCUCCGGGAGUACCCAGUGACUCUCAUGCAGUUCUUUAGGUACCUUUACCACAACGUGCCGGACCUUUCACCGAUGUGGCACAGCCCUGAGUUCCUGUGCGCCCUGGCAGCCACCGUCUUCCCUUUUAACAUCAGACCGUACUCUGAGAUGGUGAGUGAUUUGGACGACGAAACCAGCUCUCCAACCGAAGAGUUCAAGGCCUUUGCUGGGGACACUGGGAUGAACCGCAGCCAGUCUGAAUACUGCAACGUGGGCUCUAAGACCUCCCUGACCAACCACCCUGCCAAGAAAUAUGUCUUUGACUUCAUGAGGGUCCUGAUCAUGGACAACAUGUGCAUGACCCCCGCCAGCAAGCAGACGCCCAUCAUCGACAUGCUGCUGGAGGCCUCCCCAGAUCGCUCCACCAGAACUCAGCAGAAGGAGUUUCAGUCCAGCAUCCUGGAUGGAGUCAUGGAACAUCUCCUGGCCGCAGAUGUCCUUCUAGGUGAAGACGCCUCUCUGCCUCUCAGCACUGGGGGCAGUUAUCAGAUCCUGGUCAACAACGUCUUCUACUUCACCCAGAGAGUGGUGGACAAGCUUUGGCAGGGAAUGUUCAACAAGGACUCCAAGCUGGUGGUGGACUUCAUUGUGCAGCUGAUUGGACAGUCUAAGAGACGGUCCCAGGGUCUGUCGCUGGACACCAUCUACCAUUGUCUGAACCGGACGGUGCUCUACCAACUCUGUCGACCCCACAAGACUGUAGCUCAGCAGGUGGCCCUGCUGGACGCCCUGCGAGUCCUGACGGUCAACCGCAAUCUGGUGCUCGGACCGGGCAACCACGACCAGGACUUUGUGGCCUGCCUGGCUCACUGCUUCAUCUGCCUGCACAGCGGGAGCAGCGUGGAAGGUUUCGGUCUGGAGGCGGAGGCCAGGAUGACUACCUGGCACGUCAUGAUGACCGCAGAGAAUGAAACUGACUCAACACACAGCCAUGAUGUCAGCGAGGGGCGACAGCUGCUGCUGAAGGCCGUGAACCGCGUGUGGACGGAGCUGAUGCACAGCAAGCGUCAGAUGCUGGAGGACAUCUUCAAAGUGUCUCUGCCAUGCAAUGACAGAGGACACGUGGACAUCAGCACCGCCCGCCCUGCUCUGGAGGAACCUGCUCUGAAGAGCUGGCAGAACCACCUGGUUCAUGAGAAAAAGUACAUCAGUCGCGGGGAAGCUGCAGCGCCAGCCGCCCAGUCCAAACUCUCCAGAGUUAGCAGCGGCUUUGGCCUGUCCAAGCUGACCGGUGUGCGACGCAACAAGAAGGAGAACAGCCUGAACAAGAACAGCCCGUCUGCUCUGGAGACUUUCCAGUGGAUGUUCACGCACAUCGCAGUGGUUCGGGAUCUUGUUGCCAUGCAGUAUAAGGAGUAUCAAGAGCGGCAGCAGAACGCCCUGAAGUAUGUGACCGAAGAGUGGGCGGCCAUCGAGUACGAGUUGUUGCGGGAGCGAGGCCUCUGGGGCCCGCCUAUCGGCUCCCACCUGGACAAGUUCACACUGGAGAUGACGGAGGGGCCGUGCAGGAUGAGGAAGAAGAUGGUUCGCAAUGACAUGUUCUACAUUCACUACCCAUACAUCCCUGAGACCGAAACAAACACCAACUCUGCACAGAAGCCUCUGCGGUACCGCCGAGCCAUCAGCUAUGACAGUAAGGAAUACUACAUGCGCCUGCUGUCAGGGAAUCCGGGGAUGUACCAGCACUCUGUGGAGCACAGCACAGAGGGGGAGACCACGCAGCACGAACCGGAGCACGGGGAGGACACUAUCGCUAGAGUGAAAGGUCUGGUGAAGGCUCCUCUGAAGAGGUCUCGGUCCACAGCGGAUGGUGCAGACGAGGACAGCCAAGAACAGCUGCAGGACCAGCUAUUGGAGUCAGGAGGUCCGGAAGAGGAGCAGAGGACCGACAACACAUCCCUGCUGCGCCUCCUGGAGGAAGGGGAGAAGAUUCAGCACAUGUACCGCUGUGCCAGAGUGCAGGGUCUGGACACCAGCGAGGGCCUGCUGCUGUUCGGCAAGGAGCACUUCUACGUCAUUGACGGCUACACCAUGACCGUUUCCAGGGAGAUCAGGGACAUCGACACGCUGCCGCCCAAUUUGCAUGAGGCAAUCAUCCCCAGAGGGGCGCGGCAGGGCCAGAGCCAGCUGAAGAGAACCUGCAGCAUCUUUGCCUACGAGGACAUCAAGGAGGUUCACAAGAGGCGAUACCUGCUACAGCCGAUGGCAGUGGAAGUCUUUUCUGCAGAUGGAAGGAACUACCUGCUGGCCUUCCAGAAGGGAGUCCGAAACAAAGUUUACCAAAGGUUCUUGGCAGUGGUGCCGUCGCUGGCAGACAGCUCAGAGUCGGUCUCAGGUCAGAGGCCAAACACCAGCGUUGAACAAGGGUCUGGACUUCUCAGCACGUUGGUUGGUGAGAAAUCAGUCACUCAAAGAUGGGAGCGAGGAGAGAUCAGUAACUUUCAGUACCUGAUGCAUCUGAACACGCUGGCUGGACGCUCAUACAACGACCUGAUGCAGUAUCCAGUCUUCCCCUGGAUCCUGGCCGACUACGACGUAGAGGAACUGGACCUGAACAACCCCAAGACUUUCCGUAACCUGGCCAAACCGAUGGGCGCUCAGACUGACGACCGGCUCACGCAGUAUAAGAAGAGAUACAAGGACUGGGAGGAUCCCAACGGUGAAACCCCAGCAUACCAUUAUGGUACCCAUUACUCAUCCGCCAUGAUUGUAGCCUCCUAUCUGGUCCGGAUGGAGCCUUUUACACAGAUCUUCCUCAGACUUCAGGGAGGUCACUUCGACCUGGCUGACAGGAUGUUCCACAGCGUCCGAGAAGCGUGGCUCUCUGCCUCCAAACACAACAUGGCCGACGUCAAGGAGCUGAUUCCAGAGUUUUUCUAUCUGCCUGAAUUCCUGCUGAAUUCUAACAACUUUGAUCUGGGUGCCAAGCAAAAUGGCACCAAGCUGGGUGAUGUCAUCCUCCCCCCCUGGGCCAAAGGUGACCCCCGGGAGUUCAUCCGGGUCCACAGAGAGGCUCUGGAGUGCGACUACGUCUCUGCUCACCUCCAUGAGUGGAUCGACUUGAUUUUCGGCUACAAGCAACAGGGACCGCCGGCUGUAGAGGCCGUUAAUGUCUUCCACCACUUGUUCUACGAGGGUCAGGUGGACAUCUACAACAUCAACGACCCACUGAAAGAGACGGCCACCAUUGGCUUUAUCAAUAACUUUGGCCAAAUCCCCAAACAGCUCUUUAAGAAGCCUCAUCCCCCUAAACGCGUUCGCAGCAAAGCUAACGGCGACUUAACAGCUGCUCCUCCGAGCUCCAACAACGACAAGAUCUUCUUCCAUCAUCUGGACAAUCUAAGACCUUCUCUUGCUCCUGUUAAAGAGCUGAAGGAGCCUGUGGGACAGAUAGUGUGCACCGAUAAAGGGAUCUUAGCAGUGGAGCAAAACAAAGUUCUGGUUCCACCUACCUGGAGCAAAACGUUCGCCUGGGGCUACGCCGACCUCAGCUGCCGCUUGGCCAACUAUGAAUCUGAUAAGGCGAUGGUCGUGUACGAGUGUCUGUCCGAGUGGGGUCAGAUCCUCUGUGCCAUAUGUCCUAACCCGAAGCUCGUCAUCACCGGGGGCACCAGCACUGCCAUCUGUGUGUGGGAGACGGGCAGCUCCAAGGAGAAGGCCAAAUCUCUGACGCUCAAACAGGCUCUACUCGGCCACACGGACGCCGUAACAUGUCUGACAGCUUCGUCAGCAUACCGCAUCGUUGUCAGCGGCUCCCGCGAUCGAACCUGCAUCAUCUGGGACCUCAACAAGCUUUCUUUCGUCACGCAGCUUCGGGGACACCGCGCUCCCGUUUCCGCCCUGUGCAUCAACGAGCUGACGGGGGAUAUCGUGUCCUGUGCGGGGACGUACAUUCACAUGUGGAGCAUCAACGGCAGCCCCAUCGCCAGCGCCAACACCUUCACCGGCCGCAGUCAGCAGAUCCUCUGCUGCUGCGUGUCGGAGAUGAAUGAGUGGGACACGCAGAACGUCAUCGUCACCGGCCACUCUGAUGGAGUCGUCAGGUUUUGGAGGAUGGAGUUCCUUCAGGUCCCAGAAACCCCUGCUCCAGAACCGGCGGAGCCGGAUGUACCCGACUGCUGUGCCGAUGAGAAGAUUGAGGGAGCAGAGAGUCACAACGCCGAUGACGAUAGUAGUGAGUCAGAUGGAGAGGAACCUGCGGCGCCUCGAAACCCAUCAGCUGGCGGAGGGAGCGGCAGUCAGCCGGGAAGCGCCGUCCACAGACCCAGAGGUCCGCCAUCUCGAGCUGGAGCGUCAUGGUCAAUGGACAGCGGCUCUGAUGACUCUCACCGCUGGUCAGACACACUGAGCAUCGAUGAGAAGGACGGCUUUGUGUUCGUCAACUACUCUGAGGGCCAAACUAAAGGCCCCCACCCUCAGCAGAGUCAUCCUGGCCAUGGACCCCUCCAUCAGCCUCCCCAUUCGUCGGCCACAGAGCCACGGCCGUAUAACCAGCUCAAAGCAGGAUACAGAUGGGAGCGGCAGCUGGUCUUCCGGAGCAAACUCACCAUGCACACAGCGUUCGAUCGCAAGGAUAAUGCUCACCCAGCUGAGAUCACCUCCCUCUCUAUCUCCAAGGACCACAGCAAGAUCCUGGUUGGCGACGGCCGCGGUCGGGUGUUUAUCUGGUCUGUGAGCGACCAGCCUGGCCGCUCGGCGGCCGACCAUUGGGUUAAGGACGAGGUGGUGGACAGCUGCUCUGGCUGCACGGUCCGCUUCUCCUUAACAGAGCGACGCCACCACUGCAGGAACUGCGGGCAGCUCUUCUGUCAGAGGUGCAGUCGCUUCCAAUCUGAAAUCAAAAGGCUGAAGAUUUCCUCUCCCGUGCGAGUGUGUCAGAACUGCUACUACAACCUUCAGCAUGAGCGCAGUGUCGACGACGGCGGCAGAAACUGAGCCCCGCCUCCUUUACAUCUGCCUCUGUUUGGGGAGCAACCGCUUAAAGAGUGCUUCAUCCCUCCAUCUGCCCUCCAUGUAAUAUAUAAACAUCCCCGAAUCCAACCUUUCUAACCCUCUCAAAUGUAAGAAUGUUUAGUUUGCAUGGAGAUGGGAGCCGGAUCAAAAGGAAAAUGUGGGAAAGAAACUCAGCCAUCACUUUAACCACAAGCACUCAUCAUCAGGAGGAAAAGAGAGCAAAGAGGCUCGUCUGAAUCAAUCACGCGCCAUUUUCACUUAGCAGCGGGAGCAGAUAUCGUCCUUCAGUCACGGGAAACAGUAAAAGACUUGUUUAUAGUGUAAAUACUUAACCACGGCCUUUUUAACUCUGGAAACACGAUGGAAAUUUAAGUUCUUUAGGAAAACAAGAGCUUGCUUGUAACUAAGCGAUGUGACUAACCACUCCUUGCUUUAAAAGAAAAACAACAGAUUGUGUGUAACCUGCGUCACAAGCCACAGCGAUUCCAGAGAUGGAGGGAGAUGAAUGUCAAAAGUUUUUAGUCUGUGGGUCGAGGUAUGCAAAAAUCUUUUUUUUUAUACUCAAUUAAUUUCCACAUGAUGUUGUUUACAAGAUUUAAGAGAGAUGGAUCAUAGAAUUACCCUUUUUUUUUUGCCAAAUAGAACUUAUCUCCUCUGUCCUUAUAUGUUUUCCAUUUGGAGGAUCUUUAUCAUGGUUGCUGCUGCUUUCUCUGAAGACUAGAUGUUAUCAGUUUAAACUGUCAACAUAUCACUCAGUUUUGUUUCUUCUGUUUGUAGGAGUUCUUCAAAAAGCCUGACUUGUUUUUUCACAUUGCCAUGAAAGUAGCUUUUAAAAUGCACAUAGAAAAAGGGGCAUCUUAGUUUUUUUCACAUUAAAAAAACCUUUACAUGUAUUCAGCUCUCAACACAAGCUGUGUUGGCUACUGCUCCAGCUGCAGCCAAAUUUAAAAGCAUACGUAAAAGAUCCAUCAUUAAUAUGUUUUAUCUAAAAAGCUUGGACAAAAACCGCUGUGUUCAAAAAUGUAUGGGUUAUUAUACUCUGUUAUGAAGUGAUCCUGAAUAAGUAUAUUGUGGUCAUAUGUUGUCCUUCUAGCACAGCAGACAUGGAGAAGGGAAUUUUAAAGGGACUACGCCAGUGUAUCAUUAUUUGGUAACUUCUAUCAGUUCAGAGUUAUCCAAAAACAGGAAAGGUUGCCACAUUUUAACACAUUUUUUUUUUAUUAAAUGCAGUGUUUAUUCCACUAAUGUCCCGUUUUUAAAUUUGAAAUUAAAGAACAAAAUUUGAUGAAUCCCCAGCUUAUCCAUAGUUUUACUUGUGAUGAUGUUUUAUUUAGUUUACAUUGUUUUUAAAUUUUAUUUGCUCUGAGUUGGAUCUGACAGGUACAACGGUUUGCUGAUGACUAAACCAUAUUUUUUAAACAUUAAGUAAUCCACCAUCUGGAUUUUUAAAGCUACAAAACUUUUGGUUACUAAUCCCAGGUUUGGACCAAUCAUUAUAACUAUGAGGUGAAGAGCGAGUGAGAACAAAUUCCAGUGAGGAACUUCCAAAGCAGGACGUCAGAACAGAGCCUCUGCUUCUCUGCAUCGAAAGUAGAUCAGUAAGGUGGUUCAGGUAUUUCAUCAGGUUGGGUCUCUUUGGAGGUUUUACUUGACCUAUCCUACUAUGAGACCCAGGAAAAAUAAAUAAAUAAAAAAAUUCCUGUUGAGACAAUAUGUCUAUUUUGUAGUACAUACAUCUUAGGAUCCUUCAGAAUAAACUGAA